CAUUUGUGACUAAGGUCCCCCGGGAUUUACUGCGCUCGUUUGGAUGUUGUAGUCUCGUGCAUUUCAAGCGGCAGGUCACAUAAAAGACUCCUAACUAUUGGCCUGUGCUUUGGAGACACUCCCCUCCCAGACCUCCCUCUGGGUCGAGGCGCUGCCGCCGCAGUGAGCGGUCAGUGGGUGACGAAGGGCAGCCAGGCGAGGCAGCUGCUCGGUAGCUGGUGGGGAGUACUGCUGGAGAGCGGUCGGAGUUCAAACGAUAAUCUGAAUUCACCUGGUGGGAGGAGGACAAGUUUGUUUUGUUUUUUUUUUUUGGUAAGCGAGGGGCCAUCAGGCGCUGCGCGGCCACACCAGGACCUCAGCAUGCACCGGUUAACGGGGAAAUCAGGAGGGGACAGUUUAAUUGAGAUGAGCCCGUCCGACUCCUUUAACGAUGACUUGAAUGGCUAUCACCAACAUCCAUCAUCCAGCAUGGGAUCGUUCCAGCCGGAGGAGUCAGGGUCGCCUUUAGUAGUCGAUGCGUGUCUGGAGACCUGCGAGUCUCUGAGGAGCAGCGUAGCCUCCCAGGCUUCCUCUGACCAAAGCGACACUCCACAGCAUAACUCCUUUACCUUAGAGCAGAUCAAUGUUUUGACUGGGUUUUGGAGAAGGCGGGCGCUAUUCCUGAAGUAUCGUUCAAGGAUUGAGAAGCAACAACAAAGCAAAGACUCUGUGUUCUUCCGUGACGGAGUGCGCCGCAUUGAUUUCGUCUUGUCUUACGUCGAUGAUAAAGAUGGUGAAAGAAAACAGGAGAGAAGGAGAGUGUUUGAAGCCAACUUGGUGAAAGUGGGUCUGGAACUGGAGAUUGAAGAUAAAUUAGAGUCCGAUGAUAGAAAAACCUACUUUGUGAAGAUCCAUGCUCCAUGGGAAGUGUUGGCCACCUAUGCGGACGUGCUGAAGAUCAAGGUUCCGUUCAAGGCCAACGACAUCCCAGACAACAGCGAGAUCCCCAUGAACUGGUUGUCCACGCCGUUUCGCCUGCCGGAGCACAUCAUGCAGCCCGAGCCGGACUAUUUCACCGCUCCCUUCGACAAGAGCAAGUCUGACUUCUUCCUAAUCGAGGACAGAGACAAAUUCUUCUCCCCGUCAACUCGGAACAGAAUAGUCUACUAUAUCCUGUCUCGAUGCUCAUAUAUCAGUGAUGAAUGUGGAGAGAAAGACAAGAAGGGAAUCAAAAGGCUCCUCAACAACAGCACCUACACUGCUGCCUUCCCUCUGCACGAUUCAAGAUACUGGACUAAAUCAAAGGAUAUGAACUGUGAAAGCGACAGAUACAACCUCUACAAAUACUGGGCUGGAUUCUUCUCUUUCUUCAAGGAGCAGCCUCUCAAUCUUAUUAGGAAGUACUACGGAGAAAAGAUUGGCCUUUAUUUUGCUUGGCUGGGAUUCUACACAGAGAUGCUGUUCUUUGCUGCUGUCGUAGGAACGCUGUGUUUUGUUUACGGAUUCCUCACCUAUGACGACAAUGAGUGGAGUAAAGAAAUAUGCAGUGAUGAAAUUGGAGGAAAUAUUGUCAUGUGUCCACUUUGUGACAAGAAAUGCGGCUUUUGGAAGCUCAACACAACCUGCAACUCCUCAUGGCAAUCGCAUCUAUUUGACAAUGUGGGGACAGUGUUUUUUGCCAUUUUUAUGGGAAUUUGGGUGACUCUGUUCCUGGAGUUCUGGAAGAGGCGGCAGGCUCGUCUGGAGUACGAGUGGGAUCUGGUCGACUUUGAGGAGGAGCAACAACAGCUGCAGCUGCGGCCCGAGUACGAGACCAAGUGCGACAGCCGCAAGCUGAACCGCAUCACUCAGGAAACAGAAUGGGUACUUGACAGGACCACUUCUGAUGUUUUUAUGAAGUUGUUUCUGUGUUGGAGCACCGUGAUCCUCUGGAUCUCAUUAAUCAUUGCCUGCAUCAUCGGCGUCAUAGCGUACCGCCUGGCGGUUUACGCUGCCUUCGCAAGCAUCAUAAAGGACAGCCCCACCUCCAACCUGGAGGUGGUCGGCCCCUACAUCACGCCUCAGCUGGCCACCUCCGUCACCGCCUCCUGCAUCAACUUUGUCAUCAUCAUGAUCCUCAACCUCAUGUAUGAGAGAGUGGCUGUCUGGAUCACCGACAUGGAAAUCCCCAAAACUCACCUGGAGUACGAGAACAAACUGACGGUGAAGAUGUUCCUCUUCCAGUUCGUCAACUACUACUCCUCCUGCUUCUACGUGGCUUUCUUUAAGGGCAAGUUUGUUGGCUACCCCGGAGAUUAUGCCUACAUGUUUGGCAAAUGGAGCAAACUGAGAAAUGAAGAGUGCGACCCGGGUGGCUGUCUGAUCGAGCUGACCACCCAGCUGGUGAUUGUGAUGACUGGCAAGCAGGUGUGGGGCAACAUCCAGGAAGCUCUUGUCCCGUGGCUCAUGAAUUGGUGGGGCAGCAGGAAAGCACGAAACUACCCAGAGAGCCUGUACAGCCGCUGGGAGCAGGACCAUGACCUGCAGGGCUUUGGCCAGCUGGGACUCUUCUAUGAGUACCUGGAAAUGGUGAUCCAGUUUGGAUUCAUCACGCUCUUCGUGGCCUCCUUUCCUUUGGCUCCACUCCUGGCUCUCUUCAACAACAUCAUAGAGAUCCGAGUGGACGCCUGGAAGCUCACCACUCAGUACAGACGUCCCGUCGCCGCCAAGGCCCACUGCAUUGGAGCAUGGGAGGAAAUCCUCAAUGGCAUGGCUGUGCUCUCUGUUGUCACCAAUGCAUUUAUUGUGGCCUUUACCUCUGAUAUGAUCCCCCGUCUGGUGUACAUGUACGCCUACCAGCCAGAGGGUGAGAUGAACAUGAAGGGCUACAUAAACAAUAGCCUGUCUGUGUUCAACAUCUCAGAGAUCCCACUGCGUAACCGGCCAGAUGACGGAGAAAACCCGCCUUGGUUCAACAGCUCCAUCACAACCUGCAGAUAUCGGGAUUACCGUAACCCCCCUGGCCAUGAGAACCAAUACUCCCACACCAUGCAGUUUUGGCAUAUUCUGGCUGCCAAACUGGCUUUCAUCAUUAUUAUGGAGCAUGUUGUUUUCCUGGUGAAGUACUUCGUGGCCUGGAUGAUUCCAGACGUCCCCUCGGACGUGAAGGCCCGGGUCAAACGGGAGCGCUACCUGGUCCAGGAGUAUCUCCACAACUACGAAGUGGAGAAGCUGAGGAUUCAACUGAGCCAACAUGGCCACAGCGAGUGCUCGUGCACGCCCAUGAUCUAUCCAUCUCUAACCAAACACGAGGUGCUGUCCGAGUGCCUCUAGCACAGAGACCUGCGGUCAGUGUGACGGACAUGUAGUGAAAUGUGAUACUGACCAACUCUUUGCUGCCUCUCUUAUGUUGUUUUAUUACACACAUUUUUCUUUACAAAGAAUGUGUCUCUUCACAGCCAUCACUCCUUUAAUAAUAAUAAAAUAAUAAAGUUGGGUGAAAGACCAAGUCUGCUCCCAUACUGAGGAAUUUCAGUUUGUCUCAUCAGUAUGUUUUGAGCAAUGAGGACAAAGUUUAGCAGUUUAAUGUUUUCAUAUUUGACUAUUGAAGAGCUACCAUGAGAAACCAAAGACUUGAAGCCUUAAUAAACUCAUAUGUAGCUCUGCAGGGUAAACGACUGUGCAUUUGAAGACACUUCGCUACUCUAAAGCUUUAUUUCCUUCAUAGAUGUCACAGUAUAGUUUAAAAUAGUAUCCCCACUACACAUAAAAGUAUCCAUUAGUUGUUUUUUUAUAUAUACAUAUCAAUUGUUUUUCUGUUAAUAACAUGAUUCUUUUAUUUUUUUUUGAUCGAACUCAAAAUUCGUCCCUUGAUGGUUUAAAGUCGAGAUCUAAAAAUUAAAUAACUUUUUUUAAAGUAGCCACAUUACCGUCCUGCUGUCUGUUAUUUAUCGGUUAAACCAAAUCCAUCCCUUCCUACAAGUUUGUGACAUUUUUUGUUUGUUUUUUAACUGUAAAAAUCAAAUACAAACUAUUUUAUUCAUCCUAAUCUUGCACAAAGCACUUAAAAACCGUGACUAUCCAGGCAUGAGCAUGUCAACACUACAUAUUUACUCUCAGUGUUUGCAAGCUGCAGAAAAAGAACAUUAGCUGUAAUGUCAGAAAGGGCAUCUCUGUUACAUGUUUAUUUAAAGGUUUUAUUGUUUCAGUGUCAAACAUAGAAAUAGUUUUAGUUCAUAAAUUAUUUGAAGGAAUUGUCAUAUAUAUUCUGUUAUAUGCAUAAAUACGUUUGAUUUAAUGUUGAUUGUGCUGAAAACUCCUUGAUCUGAUCAUGAAGUUCCUGUUUGCCUUAUAAAUGCUCUCUGGAAACCGAACUCACAUUUAUGCCUUAAUGCAUCAAGUGCUUUUCUUUCUACUUCCUUUUAUAAGUUCUCUCCUGGUAGUACUCUUAUUUUGUUAUGAGGAAAAUAAAAAGCAAAUGUUUACCCAUGGAACAAUUUUUACUCUAAUACAUUUUCUUUUCUGACACAAAUAAAAAUUUGAAUAAA